UAUUCUACGUAUGUCAACGCAAUCGGUGAUUGCUCAAGAAAAAGAAGCAGAAAAAAUUGCCAGGAAUUCUCGGAAUUUGGAAUUUUCCCUUCAUCAGAAGGAAAUGGCUCGCCGCGAAUGAGAGUUAGAAAAGUAAUUGCAUGACUGGGACCGUUUUAUGGGCUCAUUGUGGCUUCACUUUCAAUUUUUGCUGACAAAGAGGCGCCUGAAUAAUCGCAUAGCCCAACUCGGUCGAAAACUGGAGCAGCAACUCGACGAACUUCGGCAGCUGGGCCUGGACACCAGCAGAUCCAUGGACGACGCUCCGCCCUUUGCAUCAAUGAGCUGCACCGUUUUGGAUGUCAGGGGCGACGUCCUGGUCCUCUCAGGAGGAAUCCACAUGCCGGUGGACCCUGUGAGGCACGUCAAAAUCGGAGACAAGCUGGUCAUCGUCAAGAAGGAUCAGUUCAGCGACUGGAAAAUAGAGGACUCACAAUCAGUUAUUGACAUUGAGAGCGAAGUUCUGGAGCAGGAAGUUGAAGUGAUCACUUUAGAAAAGGAUGACGACCUGAAGGUUUUAGAGGGGUACGUGGUGCUGUACCACACCUCCUCAGACACGCUCAUCAUCGGUCCAGACAAUGUCAGCGUCCAGCUUGGUGACAUCAACUGCAACUUUACCUUUUUGGACGAUGACUUGGUGCUGUACACCAUGCGCGGAGACAAAAUCGUGAAGGUGACGCCGAAGGAGGACGAAAUCUUUGAGUCCACCGUGUUGAAGUGCAACAGCUCAGGAGGAUUCAUCCGCAGCCCUGACAAUAAAAUGGUUGUCUUCUCGUACAGCGCGUGCGACGUUCACUACAUGCCUCGCCAGGGCGACACUGUCUGCGUCAAGGCCAUCCCGUGUCAGAGAAAGGACGCGCAAUUGCGAGCCGUGAAGAUGGUUUUGCAGAGCCUGUCAACGGAGGGCGGCGGCAUCUACAGUGAGGAGGUGUGCGAGCUGCUUGAGGAAUCAACCGAAAUUUGCACAUCAAGCCACUUUGACUGCGGCAAACUGCAAUUGGGCUGCAAGGGCAGGCUCUCGCCGGUGCUGGUGAACAAGGGCAUCGUCUGCCACGCUCUGACGGCUGUCUAUCCUUUAAGAGCGGUGUCACCGAAUCCGCAGUUCAAAGUCGUUUACCCCGUUCAAUUUCCUGUUUACGUUGCCCCUGGUGAGAGCGUUCGAGUCGACCUUGAGUGCAAGCCGACCCAAGAGGGUGCUUGGCGGGACCUGUUUGUCUUUGAUUUUGACAAGGGGCAGCUGCAGAUUGGCCGUUUUUUCGCUGUUGAGACGGAGUUUUCGGAAAACAAAGGCGACUGCUACAAGAAAGAUGAUGAUGUGCUCUAUUCUGAAACCUGCAGAAAGCCCAAGAUGUGCUUUGACACGAACGGCAAUUUUAAUUUGCCAUUGGUGAAGGCUCCAAAAACGAAGCCGAGCAACCCUUUCAGGCGCCGAGUGCAAAACUACAAUCUACCUGAGAACGUGAAACAGAUUGUGCAGGAGCUGUCGGAGUCAAGCAGGGACAACGUCCUGGUCACCCUGCAGAACAGGUUCCCCUUCCUGGCUGAAGAGGUGGACACUUACAACUAUGUGCCGAGAUUUAAACUGUUGCUUCACAUCGAAGAGGCUGAGGCAUCAAGGGUGAUGAGUCGGUGGAACAUGAACAACACUCCGUUGGAGAAGGACUUGAUGAACGAGAGCGUCUACAUGGUGUACGCCCCAAACCUGUCAGAAAGGCGUCCGUCAAUUUUGUUUGGCGACAGCGUGCACGUGAGGAACAUGAGAGAAGGAACCCUGUACGAAGGACAGGUGAUGGAGAUUCACCAGGAAAAAGUCAAGUUUCGACUACCGCCGUCGUUCCCAGUGCCUAGCGCAGCCGACCUGUACUCAAUUAAGUUCGCUAUCAGUCGCGGAAACUUCAAGUUCCAGCACACUGCGAUCGAGGAAGGCUGGAAAAAGCUCGGCAAUCAGAUCCUCUUUCCGUCUGAACCGCUUGUCAAGGAAAAUGAUGACCCACAGGUGUCUGAAAUUGAUCUGUUCAAGCUUAUGGAAUCUGACGACUCCUCGAAGAUUUGGUUCAAUCCGGCCCUUAACGAGAGGCAGAGAGCAGCGGUGAGGAACAUUCUGGCGGGAGAGUACCGUCCACUGCCAUACGUUAUUUUUGGCCCACCAGGCACUGGCAAAACGGUUACCCUGGUUGAGACCAUUUUGCAGAUUUUCAAACGGGUUCCUGUCUGCAGGAUCCUUGUGGCGACGCCAAGCAACAACGCGGCCGAUUUAGUGACCGAGUUGCUAAUUCGUGCAAAUCCGUCGAUCAAGCCGGUCACGCUAACCCGACUGGUAGCGUUCAACUACCGCAAAGGAGUUCCAGCCUACCUACAAAAGUACAUGGUGGUUGUCAAGGGAGAAGGCAACUUUGAUGUCAACAUGGACAGGAACAAGAUCACGGUGGGAACGUGCGCCUCAAUAGGUCGCUUGUGCCUCUACCCGAAAAUGCCGUUCUACACACAUGUUUUUAUUGACGAGGCUGGGCAGGCAUCAGAGCCAGAAACGAUGUGCGCCGUGGCGCUGAUGGGUAAACCACGGCAAAUCGUGCUGGCCGGCGACCCAAAGCAGUUGGGUCCAGUCAUCACCGGCAAGAUCGCCGUCCAGGGCGGACUGGACACCUCCUGGCUCUGCAGGAUCCUCAACUCAUCCUUAUACAAAAGGGAUGAAGGAAAUUUUCCGCUGACUCAGGGUUACAACCCCUAUCUGGUUACCAUGCUAACCAAAAACUACAGGACCGUUCCUGAGAUUUUGUCUGUGCCUUCCAAACUGUUUUACAACGACUUGUUGGAACCCAUGGUGUCAAGUGUGGACGGCCCCUAUGUUAACCUGAUGCAGAAUUUGGCCUGCGAGCUUCCUCAGCGGUGCAAUGGGCCGCCUUCCUUUGUGUUUCACGGCGUGCGCGGCUGCUGCUGCAGGGACGUUGACUCGCCUUCCUGGUACAACCCUGUUGAGGCCAAGCUUGUAUUCGAAUACGUCCGGAAACUGAUGCGGCGCAACGUGAAAUCUUGGAAUAUUGGCAUCAUCACGUUCUAUGCUAAGCAGACGGCCAAGGUGAAAGAACUGCUGAGGUCAGACAGCAUCUCCGACCUGAAGGUAGGCUCCGUGGAGGAGUUCCAGGGCCAGGAGCGCGACGUGAUGCUGCUGUCGACGGUGCGCUCAUCAGCUAUGGUCGAGGAGGGCAUGGGAUUUAUUAGCAGUCCCAACAGAAUCAACGUGGCGCUGACAAGAGCGCGGGCGCUACUCAUUGUGGUUGGCGACCCACACCUCCUGAAGAACGACCCAAAUUGGCGGGCCGUUCUCAUUGAUUGCGUCAGCAGGAAUGCGUACCUUGGAUGCGACCUGCCUUUCCAGAAUCAGACUGGCGCCAACAGCCACAAGAAAGAAGUUUGGUAGAUUUGAGAUAAGCUCGAGUUUUCUUAUUUUGCUUAUCUCUUAAUUUUGGAUUGACUUAAUUGUUUCUAAAAGCAAAAUGCAGGUGCUUUGUAACAUUAACUAAAUACAAUAAAGCAUAUUAGCCUGAUUUUUUUGAAAA